AUGGUAUUUGAUAACCCAGAAGAUGCUCAAACCUUUUAUACGAGAUAUGCAAGACGUGUUGGAUUUGGUAUCAGAAAAAAUCACAAGCGAUUGUCACAAUCGGAUAAGUUAUUGAUUGGUGUGGAUUAUACAUUCUCUAGAGAAGAACAACCUAAGCAAAGUAAUGAAGGAAAAACUAAAAGUUCGAAAACAAAUCAAUCAGAGACAAAAAUAGGAUGUAAAGCAAUGAUGAGUGUGAGUUUAAGACGAGAAGAGGAAAAGUGGGUUGUAACUAGAUUUGUUACGUAUCAUAAUCAUGAAUUAUACACUCCAAGAACUACAAGUUUACUUCGAGGACAUAGAAAAAUCACACCAGCUCAAAAGAAUCUUAUAAAUGUGCUUAAUGAGUCUGGAAUUCCUGCAACAAAGAUAAUGUCUGUGUUGAGUCAUGGAUCAGGAGGGGAGAGUAAUGUUGGUUGCGCUUUGAUUGAUGUUCAGAAUCAUAUAGGUAAUAAAAGAAGGGAGCUUCUGAAAGAAGGGGACGCUCAGAGGAUGCAUAAUUACUUUAUGGAGUGUCAAUCAAAAAAUCCAGGUUUUGUUUAUUCAAUUCAGUUGGAUGAUAAUAAUCGUAUGGGAAAUUUUUUUUGGGCAAAUACGAGGUCACGAUUAGCAUAUCAAUAUUUUGGUGAUGUGGUUACUUUUGAUGCUACAUAUUUGACUAAUCAUUAUAGCAUGCCUUUUGUUCCUUUUACUGGAGUUAAUCACCAUCAUCAAUCAGUUAUGUUUGGGUGUGCUUUGCUUGUCAAUGAAACAACAAGUUCAUAUGUAUGGUUGUUAAGAACGUGGCUUGAAGCAAUGUUUGGUCGUGCUUCCUCUGUAAUCAUUAUUGAUGAAGAUUAA